CUAAAUACUCUUCUGUAUAUAAAGCCAUUCCAGGCAGUAAUCGCAAGAGAAAAGAAAGAGGAAAAAAAAACCUUACACGGUCUCCUCAUACCCGCAGCUUUCAGUCAUCAGAGCUAGAAUGGGAAAAGUUCAUCAGGGUGAUUACGAUGGAAAAGAAAAAAAGACCGCAGAGUUCAGUUUAGUGCGGGUCAAAGGGACAUGGAAGAGCAAACUGGGGAAGAAGGUCAAUAAGGCUGCAGUUGACUGUGUCUCAGCUGCAAAAAUCUAUGAAAGCAUCACAGAACAGGGCACCUCUUGGACCGUGGUCAGCCCCAUCACCUUUACCUACAAGGUGACCGAGACUUGUGGCUUGCUGGAUCCAAGCAACGACACCCUCCUGCUGGGCCACAUCACAGACCUGCAGCAACUAGAGGACAUUAAACAAUCUAACAAGCCAAUCAGGCGAUUCGUAGUGAUUGACCAGGAAGUCUACCAGAUCUACGGUCCCAAGCUAGCUGAAUACUUAGAGGCUAACGAUGUGGUCUACAAGAUCCUGGCCCUUCCAACCACCGAGGAGAACAAAUCCAUGGAAACAGCCCUGAAGAUCCUUGAUGAGAUCAACAACUUUGCCCUCGACCGCCGCACAGAGCCCAUCAUCGCCAUCGGUGGGGGAGUGUGUCUCGACAUUGUGGGACUGGCUGCUUCACUUUACCGGAGGCGCACCCCUUACAUCAGGGUCCCAACCACGCUUCUUUCCUACAUUGAUGCCAGUGUAGGGGCGAAGACCGGGGUUAACUUUGCAAACUGCAAGAACAAGCUGGGUACCUACAUUCCACCUGUUGCUGCCCUGCUCGACCUGUCAUUCAUACAAACUGUUCCUCGAAGACACAUCUCCAAUGGGCUAGCAGAGAUGCUAAAGAUGGCUUUGAUGAAGCACAGGGGCCUCUUCGAGCUUCUGGAGGAACAUGGCUGUAUGCUGUUAGACACUAAAUUCCAAGCAGACAACACUGUAUAUGGGCACAGCAGGUUAAAGGCGGCAUCACAGGCAACACGUAUAGCCAUCACUACCAUGCUGGAGGAGUUGGCCCCAAACCUCUGGGAGGACGACCUUAACAGACUUGUUGACUUUGGCCACCUUAUAAGUCCGGCAUUAGAGAUGAAAGUUCUUCCAUCUCUGCUGCACGGCGAGGCAGUGAACAUCGAUAUGUCUUACAUGGUAUACGUGUCCCAGGAGAGUGGUCUAUUGACAGAAGAAGAGAAGAAAAGGAUCAUCAGCUGCAUGGUGGGCCUGGAGCUCCCUGUCUGGCAUGAGGAGUUUACAAUGGAGCUGAUACAGAAAUCCCUUCAGGACAGGCUGAAACAUUCGGGGGGUCUGGUCCGAAUGCCUCUACCUGUUGGUCUUGGGGAAGCUGACAUUUUUAACAACACAUCAUACGACAUCCUGCACAGAGCUUACACGAAGUGGUGUGAAGAGCUGAGCGUUUCCUCUGACAGCACCUGCGACGUCUAGUCCUCCUUCAUCUGCCACAGUGCAAUUUUAAAAGAAUUCUGUUUAUAUUUAGCUAACUGCAUCUAGUAUAAGGGGUUGCAUGGUUCACAUGGAUGGGGAAAACUGUUGUAGUUACAGGCUGAACUAAAAAAUGCUCAUAUGGUAUUUUCAGGAGUACAGCCGCCGAGCCCAGGAAGGUGGCAGCUGUAUUUACACUGGCAGUAUUUCCAGAGAAAAGCUUGUGGUUGGAUAGAAAAGCCUGAUUUCUGGAAAAAAUCUGUCAGCUUGAGUUCUUAUGAUGAUUUCUCUGUGAAUGGUGGUUAAAACGGUGCUAAUACCAUCUUUAUUUUACAUGGUUGCCAAACAGAUUGAAUAUAUUUUUUAAUAGUUCAGAACCUGCUGAACUGGUUUUUAAUCAUGAAAAUGCAUCAGCAGCAAGCAGGUAGGUGAGACACGGCUCGCUUGCUGCAUGCUUCUUACUUACGACUGUCAAAUAUGCUGAGUGUACUCUAUUAAAGAUUUUUAUUGAU